AGGUCGCGGUGCUGGCUGUUGAUCUCACUUGCCUGGCAGCCGCAGAGUCACAGCCACUUGGUCAGAUCCAGUUCCUGGGUCAGCCCUGCUUCAGCUCAGUCACAGGCUCCUAGCUCCCGCCGGCAUCCCGCACUCUGCAAGCUGCACACAGAGAGGAAGAUGGAGAUGCUCUCUGCCACUUGGGUCCUGGCGCUGCUCUGCCUGGGUUUCCAACUUCUACAAGGGGCUAUCAGCACAACCGUGAUUCCAUCAUGCAUCCCAGGAGACUCCCAAGAAAACUGCACAGCUUUAGUUCAGAUGGAAGACAAUCCCCGUGUGGCACAAGUGUCAAUUACAAAGUGUAGCUCUGACAUGAAUGGCUAUUGCUUGCAUGGACAGUGCAUCUACCUGGUGGACAUGAGUGAUAAUUACUGCAGAUGUGAUGUGGGCUAUACUGGUGUCCGGUGUGAACACUUCUUUCUAACCGUUCACAAACCCCUGAGCAAAGAAUACGUUGCACUGACAGUGAUUGUUAUUCUCCUGUUCCUUGUCAUAAUCGCUGGAUCCAUAUAUUAUUUCUGCAGAUGGUACAAAUAUAGGGAGAGUAAGAAAUCAAAGAAGGAAUAUGAGAGAGUGACCUCUGGAGACCCAGCAGUGCCACAAGUCUGAACAUCAACCUCAAUUUAUGAACCGGGAUGCAUAGCAUGCCUGAUUAACGUUAAUAUUUCAUUUUAUUAAUAAUAUUUAUGUUGGGUCAUGUGUUAGGUCAAUGACUGUAUAUUUUUAAUAUACUUGGAAAGUGUUUUAUUUUUUGACAGACUAUUUGUUAAUAUAUUAUAUGUAAAAUAUUUAAUAUCAAAAGAAAAUUGAUAUUUUUAUAAGAAUUUCCUGAGUGAAAUGUUUUAUUGAAAAGCAUCCAAGCUCAGUAAGCUGGUGCAGUGCUUUGAGUGAGCAAUGUCCAAUCUGUUGCAAGUGAAGUUCCUGUGAGCCUAAAUAAUAUGGUCAAAUCAAUUGUGUGAGUAAUUUAUUUUCUUCUUCUCAGAUUUGUGAUAAUUGACUUGACUAUAUCAUGGCUUGGCUCAAGCAUUGGCACCACUGCUUCAUAUAUUAAAACAGUAAUAAGAAGUGGAGGUAAAGACAACUUGUGUGCCUCCCACCACACACUUGAGCCAACUAAUCUUGGAGAGGACAUCUCUUCAGCUACCUGAACAAUGGUCAUUCCAUUUAUGUAGAGUACAUCAUUUAUGUGAAAUCAUCGUUGUUGAAUAUCAAUCAGAAAAUCUACAUUUGAAGAAAAUUUGAACUCCAUUUUAGGUUAUUUAUUUUUGUAGGGAAUUUACUGAAGAAUUAUAGGAUUAAAUCAGAAUCCAAAAUCAAAUUAAUCAUAAUUUUAAAAUACAACAGGAUGCUAGUCAGAUCUUAACUAAUCUACAAAUGUACUUUUUAAUUUUAUAUUCAAGAGGUUUUGUUUGUUUGCUUUUGCUUUUUGUUUUGUUUUUGUUGUUAUUUUUCUUUUUUAACCCAGAGUCUCACUCUUUAGUCCGGACUGGUUCCAAGGUCAUGGUAAUUCUCCUGCCUUAGCCUCCCUGGUUCUGGGAUUAUAGACCCACAUUACCAUACCUAGUUUCAAAAGAAUUUUUACUAACAAAUAGUUCAGCCAAUAACUUAUUUCAGGUUUUAAAGUUACAUUUUAAAAACAUAUAUCCAAAUACAGGAAGUGAGGAAAAUAUGAGAAAAAUAAAUUACAAUGUAUUUUUCUAAAGGAAAAAUGCAUUUGGGAGCUUUUAAAAUUUUAGACUUAACUAUGCAUCCUCAUGGAAGCUAAGAUGAAAUCUUGACCCUUUCCCUGUCGUUUGUUUGCCUUUAUGGAAAGAGAGAGGUUGGUCUCUAUUCUCAGCCUGUCAGUCUUAGUGAGUCACUAGAUUGUCCUGUGAAGUUGCCUCAGGAGUCCCUGCAGGCACACCUUUGCCUUUCCUGGGAGGCUACCUAAGCGACUGCUCAACCUUAGGUGGAAUCUGUCUGGAACACAUACCAGGUCAGGGAGAGUCUAUCGUUCCUCCACCUUUUUCCUGGCAUGUGCUAGGGCAACAGAACCAUCAUGAGUUUCCUCUGACCUCUAGAGUGCAAGGGAAGAAAACAUUGCUGCCCUAUGGAGUCAUUCAUGGAAAACCCUGGAAGGUUCACACAGCUCACAUCAAAAGUCCUGGCUUUACUAUGAGGGAGAGGAACAGAUAAAAUAAGCAAUGCACACGUGCAUUCUUGGAUACGUGCUCCGGGACACAAGCUCCAUACUUUGCAGAAUUACAGCUAUUUGUUUCUGUACUAACCAACAUACUCACUUUUAAAAAGAAAGGGAAAUGAAAGUUGGUGACAUUUAAAAGCGUAUUUCUUUGUCAUUUUAUUUAGCUAAAGUCUAAGGUCCUGUGUAAGAACACAUUUUAAAUCCCAUUGAUACCAAAUGGAUACAGAGAAGGCUGGCCUAAUACAGACCAUGGCUUCUUCAGAUGAAAGUAUAAAGCUCAUCAAAGACUGAGCUACAAUACAGCCAGUUAAUUUACAGAAGCCAAGUGAGGCUUUUAAAUAUGGGUUUAUUGUUCCACUGUGAGCAUUUCCAGUCAUACCACAUAACUUGAUGCAAGAAGUUGGGAUAGCUUUGCAUAUUUUUUUAGAUGUUUUUGCAAAGAUCUCAGGAAGGAAUUAUAUCUUUAUAUAUUUUUGUUUUGAUAUCAAAGCUGGGAAUAAAACUUAGACCCUUACACAUGUUGUGCAAACACUACCUUUGGGCUUCACCUGUGGUCCCAUAAAAGCAUAUUAAUAAUGAAAAAGUAUGAUGAGAUUAUAGGUUUUUGGUUAACAUAACGUUUAAAAACUCGUUUUAGUAAAGAUUAUGCUAAGUAAGCAUAAAAAGAUUAAAAUUGAUUCAUGUGUCAUACAUAUUUCUCAGUAUAUUGUUUACACACACACACACACACACACACACACACACACACACACACACACACACACACACAAACAGGCACACACACACACACAUCCACAAGGCUAUAUAUAUCCUGAAUUGAGAAACAAAGCAAUUCCAGAUGCAAAAUAGCAUCAUUUAAAGUCUCCCACCAAGUCUACCUAAUAACCCAGUAAAUGCCCUCUAUAAACAAAGACAUUAUGCUCUUACUCAACAAUGAAGUUUAGCCUAUAUAACGCCUCCAUCCCACACUGUAACUCUAGUUUUCUUAUGUAUUUUCAACCUCCCCUCUCUGUUAAGAGUCAAACAAUGGGAAAAGCCAAAUAUUUUAUUUUUGAUUCCUUGAGAAGAUAGCUAAAUAAAUUUAGCUGCUGAAAGAUAUCAAUUAUUUUCCCAGAAAGUAUGUGACAUGACCAAGUGUCCACUUGUUGCUUCAUCUAGCCAGUAAACAGUAAAGUUGCCUUUUCAUCAGACCAAAUUUGCCAUUUUUGCUUCAAUUUCUAUUUUGUCAGAUUUUUUUAAAACAAGUUUUAUUUGCUGCCCAAUAUUUUCUAAUUUUUCUAAUGUUAUGGGAAGAAGGGGAGCAUAAAUAGUAUUUCUGGGGUAUAUUUGAAAGUUUUAACUGAAGAAUACAUAUAUCUAAGCUCUCUGCUCUUCAAACCUGAUACUGUUGAAUGUAAUACAGUGUAUUUUUCUUUUUUGCCAUUUUGCACUCUGUAAUUGCACUUUGUAGGUUUAAAGAGGCACUCUGGUAUAAAGCUUCUAUUAAAGAUUCUAAUGGAAUAUAAAGUUGUAUUGUGUUCACCCUAAAACUUAUUUGAUUAUGGAUGUUAUCAGGGUACUGAAUUGUAUCAAUUUGUUUGCAGGUAAUAUCAGCUUUGAUAGUUGUGUACCUUAAGAUAGUGAAGGAGACUGUGACUUACAAGUUAUUGUCAGUUUUUACUUAUUUUUGUUAGGAAUUGGCAAAGAUCACUAUGAAAAAAAAAUAAAAGUAUGAAUGACCAAAUAA